GUUGUUGCACAGGUGUUCCCAAAGCAGCCACUGCAGUGCUAGGUAGUGGCUCACAUGCCCUGGCAGAGGGUGAGAAAUCUGGUUCAGAAUGCAGGGAAUUAGGCAGGGGGUGAGUGUGCCAAGUUCAGAUUCCUCUUCAGGAACUAUCAGUAUGGCCUUGUCCAGUCCCCUGAAAGAUAAUUCAUAGAUUUUCCCCUGAUGUUCCUCUCAAACAGUGAAACGACCAGUGCCUAUUACAAAAACUGUGGGGAGUAAACAAAGUUUUAUUAUGAAGUGUCUGAUCAAAAAGCUUUUUUUGCUGAGAAGAAAUCAGACUUCUUGCAUGGCUCAGCAAAGAUUGCAGCAGCGUUGGGGUGUCUGUGGUAGAGACAGCAGCCCAGGGCAGCCAGCAGGCAGAAGCAGCAGUUUGAUCAGUGACAACCUGGGCUAGACACAAAAUUGCAGCAGAAGAUAAAUGGCAUUUACAACCCUAUGACUAAUGUGCUGAGCUGUCCCUAUGGGUAUGAAUAUUUCAGAGAUCACCCAUGUUGGAAUUGAGCAGUGGUUCAAAAGGAACACAGGUCUGAAAUUCACUCUUAUCACCUACUAUUGGCUGUUGGAUGAACAGCCCUCCCCCUGCAAGCUCAAAUCCAAAGAUCAGCUGAGGACAUUAUCCUUAUGGCACCCCUCUCUUGAGAUGCUCAUUUCCACUUCCUCCUCUGCACGGUUUCCCUUAAAACCGUGCAGUGCUUGGUAGGACAUCAAACACCACGGCUGGUCCUGUGUCUCUCCACACAGAGGGGCUGAUAUGCAACUGUUCAGGUGACCAGUUUAUUCCUCCUUUCUGAAACACUGCAAGAAGAGCACUCCCAAGAGCUUUCCUCCAUCGUCAAGAUGGAAACCGACUCUGGAUAUUCCUCCACAGCUGAGCUGCAGAAGCAGGGAAAGAAGCUCUCAGAUGCCUUGAGGAUCAGUGCCUACGUCUUCAGUACAGGCCUGCUCAUGUUCACUGCCCUGGUGAACACUGCUUCUUGGUUAAUGCAGAAUAUAACUUUAGGCAAUUUCUGGCAAACGGCAUGGUUGGAGUUCUACGACCAUAUGGAAGGAGAUGAGUGGACAAUCUUCCUCGUUGGGGCUGCAUUGGUGCCUGCACUGGCUUUCUGGGGCUUCAAUGGAAUCCUUCUGGUGGCUGAUAUAACAGGAAAGCCAACUUUCAUUACUCGCUAUCGCAUUCAGCUGGGCAAGAAUGAUCCUGUGGACAGAAAGAAGCUGUGGAAAGCCAUCUACACAGCGCUGGGUAAUCAGUUCUUUGUCUCCUUUCCCAUGCUUGUGCCCAUGUUCUACAUCAUGAAAUGGUGGGAAAACACCUUCAGCAAGGAAUUACCAACCUUCCAAUGGUUUCUUGUGGAGCUAAGCAUUUUUACUGUAGUAGAGGAAAUUCUCUUCUAUUAUACACACAGGCUUGUUCACCACCCAGUGCUGUAUAAGCACAUUCACAAGAAGCACCACGAGUGGACAGCCCCCAUCGGCGUGGUCUCCAUUUAUGCUCACCCUAUAGAGCACAUAGUCUCCAACACUCUGCCUGUCAUGACUGGCCCGUUGAUCAUGGGAUCUCAUAUUGUUUCAGUCUCAGCAUGGUUCUCCAUUGCUCUUGUAACAACAAGCAUUUCUCACUGUGGCUACCACCUGCCCCUCCUGCCAUCUCCAGAGUUCCAUGACUUCCACCACCUCAAGUUCAACCAGUGCUAUGGAGUGCUGGGAGUGCUGGAUUUUCUGCAUGGCACAGACAAAAUGUUCAGACAGACCAAAGCCUUCGAGAGACACAAGGUCCUGCUCAGCCUCACACCACUCUCUGAAAGCAUCCCAGAGCCACCCAAGAAAGAGGAGUGA